CGCCACAGCCUCAAGGCUCCCACGCUCUAGCGCCGAACAAACCACGCCAGCUGGCACAUCACCAGCAACAUAAAAACCCUCGCCGGAGUCCUCUUUUUAAGAUCAAGUUCCUUCGUCCCGCAUUCCCGUCAAUCGUUUCCGGCACGGCGGCAUGGCGGCAACUUUUGCUUCUCCCGGGGUGAGAACCCAAGUGCCCCUCCGCCGCCGCACCCAACCAAGCAGCGAUAGUGGUAGCCGUAGCAGUAGCAGCCACAGGCCCAGUCCUGCGCGGUCAAUGAGGCAGGAAGCGCCCGAGAUCAAGCCCAUCGCCUGGCCCGAAGACCUGAAGCGCGCGCUGCCCGUCGGCCGCCUCAUCCGCCUCGAGUCGUCGGCGCCAAUCGAGGUGCCCUUCUUCACGUCGCUACCUUACGAUGUACGUCGCGAGGUAUACGACAUCAUGCUGCGCGAUGCCGGCUUCCGCCAGCACGUCUUCUGCCCCUCCAUCUGCCGCGUCACCCUGGCUCGGGAGCUGUUUACUCGUUAUCUGGUGUGCAAGAAAUGCGACGGCGACACUUUCCAGGCGGGCACCGUCUGCGGCCAUUGGCAGUGCGAGGACCACAAUAACACCCCCGGCACUGCAACUGCUACUCCUCCUACUACCGGCGACGCCAAGUUCCAGCUCGGCGACCUGAUCUCUCUAAUGAAAACGUGCAAAUUUGGAUAUCUCGAGGUCUCCGAGUACUUCUACCGGUCUAUCACGUUUACGUUCGCGAGCUUCCCGGAGCUGCGCGUGUUUCUGGACCGGCUGCCAGCGACGGCAUUGUCACGCGUGCGGUCAAUCGCCUUCAUCGCGCACAUGCUGCCGCACGACCCACAGGCUUGUCAGCGCUUCAUCGGCGGCGAAUACUUCGAGACGGCCGAGGCGGCGGUAGGAGCAGGCGGCGAGAACCACAUGGCGCUCUUUAAGCGGAUUCCUAACCUCGAGGUGCUCGACAUUAACUUCUUCCCGAGCCUGAUCCUGGCGCUCUCGACGCGGCUCGUCGACGUCGUCCGCCCCCUGCAGCAGCUCCCCGACUCCACACGCGUCACCGUCCGCAUCCCCAACAUGGUCUACUCGGGCAUCUCGGAGAUAGGGCUGCCGACGGCGUCGCGACUGGGCGAGGGCGCGAACUUCACGCUCAUGAGGCCUAAUGUGGCGGCGAGCAGUGUGCAGCAGAACUGCAGAGCGUAUUCGUAUUCUUUCUAGGCUCCAAGGGCUGCUGUUUUUUUUUUGUUUCGGUUCGUCAAGGUUUGGGAUUCGCCCCGAAUUGGCAGGGAGGGUGUACUAAUGAAUCAUGACUGUUCUUUACGAUUUCUUUUUCUUUGGCGAAGCUCUUGCUUCGGUUUACUUGCAAUUCUGGUCCGCGUGGACUCCGCUACCUGCUUUUCUGUUGCAAAUCAAGUGCACCAUUUUGGCU